AUGUCGUUCAACUUUGAGGCCUACAACGUUACCUUGGGCGUGCACAGGGACAAGGGGUCGCCUUCCUUGGGCUUCAACGAGUCCUCCCUCCGGGCUGCGUUGAUCGACAGCCGCCCGCUGCCCGAAACUUAUCGUCUCGUCCCUUCGCCGGUGCCGGUCCUCGGUGAUGUGACGAACAGGGUGAAGACGGAAGCGCAGGAGAGGAUCAUCUGGUUCGACCACGCGGAUGGCCGUCGCGGGGUCCGUCUGCAGUUCCUGCACCCCCACAGUCAGUCCAUCGUCAAGAAGGUCGUGAAGAACGCGGAUGAUCCGGUGUUCUCGAUGCUGGACCGCAAGCGCAUCACCAUCGUCAUCGCUUGGCCGGGCUACGAGAACGUCUCAUUCUCUACCGAGUUGGAUCUCGUGACGCCCUACGGGCCCGUCACCCGCGGCAUUGUUGCGCACGCUGUCUCUAGUGCCAUGGCCCACUUCAUGGAGAAAGUCAAGAACACCGUCGGCCUGGACCCGGUAUGGAAGAUCAGCCAUAACCGCAUCCAGCUGAAGGACGUCAUCCUCCUCUCGCUGUGGACCGCCGACACCAGCGUCUGGCACGCCAACUUCGCCCUGUCGACCUAGACAGCCCUCUUUACCAGUCGUCGCUCUGGCUAGCGACGGCACCCUCCCUCUCUUACGAACUCGACGACGCGCAUCGGCAUUGCAUUACAAGGAUUACCCACAAGCACGU